AUGGAGACGACGGAAGGGCAGCCCAGAAUGCUGAGCGAGGAUCAACAGCAGCCCCAAAUGCCAAAAGUACAUUUUGUUGAUGGAAGAGAAUAUGGAUUGCCAGAGGGAUGGAUAGUGGAACAAAGGCCACGGACCUCUGCUAAGUACUUUGGGAAAUUAGACCAGUUUUACCAUGAAGUGAAGACAAGAAAGCGUUUCCGUUCACUGAAAGAAGCUAAGAAGUAUGUCAAAAUGGAAGCAAAUGAAACUGAGGAAACUCUGGAGGCCUCACAACCUGGUGGACAUUCUAAGGAUUCACAAAGUUCCAAGUCCUGUUCAAGCAACAUUUCCCAGAAGAAGAAUAAGAUCACUCAAACCUUCGACUUUGCAAACCCACCUGAAGCAAUAACAUGGGUUCUUAGUGAUGCUGAGAACAAUGACUGGAGCCCAUUCUCCGGGGAAACAAUGGUUCCAGAAAUUGUGAAGAACCAUUGGGCUGAGACAUUCAUUUGCAUCAAUGAGGAAAAUAACAAUCUAUCUUUCGUGUAA